AUGACCGAGGAAUUUGGCGAUGAUGACGCAUUUAUACCAGUACUUAAUGCCGAAUCCAGCGGCUUGACUCGAAGCGCGGCAACAUCCACCAACCAGUCUGGACCAACCGCAGCCAAAGUCCAGCAGCCGAAGCCGCAGGCCCUCGCAAGCAAAUCCGGCCCCUCUGGGAUCUUAGUAUCAACGCGACAGAAAGGGAACCCAAUAUUGAAUCAUAUCAAGUUCCAGCAGUGGGAGUAUGCCGACAUUCCAGCCGACUAUGUCGUCGGGGCCACAACCUGUGCGCUCUUCCUUUCACUCAAAUACCACCGACUCCAUCCGGAGUACAUCUAUUCGCGGAUAAAGCUCCUAGCGGGGAAAUAUCUCCUACGUGUGCUGUUGAUCAUUGUCGACAUACCCAACCACGAAGAUCCCCUCAAAGAGCUAUCUAAGUCAUCAAUCAUCAACAACCUUACUCUCGUCCUGUGUUGGUCCGCCCCAGAAGCGGCGCACUACCUUGAACUCUUCAAGUCGUGCGAACAUUCGCAGCCCACCGCUAUCCGCACGCAGCAGGCCCAGUCUUACAAGGACUCGCUGGUGGAGUUUGUCACCGCGCCCCGGAGCAUCAACAAGUCCGACGCCGCCAGUCUUAUAUCCACUUUUGGAAGCUUGCAAAAUGCAAUCAAUGCCCAGCCGGAGCAGAUCAGCGCGGUGCCCGGAUGGGGUGAGAAGAAGGUCAAGGCAUGGUGCAAUGCCGUGGGCGAGGAUUUUCGCGUCGAAAAGGCCAAGAGAGCAACCGCUCCUAAACGGACUGUUCGGGACCUGGCUGCCUUGAGUACGAAUGAUGAUGAUGCCGUCAUCUCUACUUCAACGGGUCCGUCUCGCGAACCCGAGAGUGAAAGCCUUUUUGUGGAGCAGGAUGAGCCGUCGAGACCGCGGGUCAGUCGGGAUGAAGAGAUGGAUGAAGGCAUCGCGGCAGCACUGGCCAGGCUUCGAGAAAAUGGCGGUUGA